AUGGAUUACGAGGUAGAGGGAGAAGUACCAAGAACCGAUGAGAAUUAUAUAUUUUUAUACCUUCCGAUAGUUUUAAAUGAAAUGAUAAAAAUGAAUAAUAGAGGUGUAGGGAAAAUAACAAGUUUUCAUGCUUCUAAAGUUCCUGAUAUAUCUUUAAAGAAUUAUACAGAAAGGAUAGGGAAAUAUAUUGGAUGUAGUAAUGAAUGUUUUGUAUUAUUAAUAAUAUAUUUAGAUAGAUUAAUAAAAAUACAUAAAGAUAUAUCAUUAUCAUUAUUAUGUAUACAUAGAUUAGUAAUUACUGCUGCUAUGAUUUCUGUAAAAUUUUUUGAUGACUUAUAUUAUUCUAAUUCUUACUAUGCGAAAAUUGGAGGUGUGACAACUAAGGAAUUAAAUAAAUUAGAAAUAUAUUUUCUAAAUCUCAUAGACUAUAAAUUAUUUGUAUCAUCACAAGAAUAUGAUUUCUAUAGAAAAUAUAUUUGCUUAGCUGUUCAAAAAUAUAUAUAUAAUAAAAAUAAUAUUAAACACAUACCAAUAAUUAAAAAACCAUAUAAUUUAUUUAACUAUAAAUCAUCUAAUAAUUCAACUCUCAUGUUCCAGCCAAAUAAUAAUAACAUGAAUAUUGUCAACUUUGCAGCAACAAAUCAAAAUAAAAAAAACAACUCACAAAAAGAUCAACAUGGAAAUAAAUAA